AUGAACUUGGACUUGGACUUUCAGGAACAAAUUGCUCUUUGCUACCUCAUUAUCUUGGUUUUCAUCGCCAUCUUCACACUUCUAGGAAAUACCUUAGUCUUGAUUGCGACCUGGAGGGAAAGAGGUCUUCAUCAACCAAAUAAAUAUUUUAUUGCUUUUCUGGCUGUGGCUGAUCUUCUCGUUGGUGUGUUGCUGAUACCAUUGAAAUUGUACCAACGCAAUCUAGAUCAUGAAUCACUAAGUACAAUGUCUCUUCAUCUGUGUAGAUUUUUAGUGUGGAUUGACACCUUUGCUUUUACAAUAUCAAUUUACACGUUGACAUUCAUCAGUUUUGAUCGAUAUCUCAAAAUCAGCAAACCACUUCAAUAUAAAUCACGAAUGACAACUUCCAGAUCAGUAAAAAUAAUUUUCCUAAUUCUUAUCAUUUCAACUUUCAUUGCAACAUACGCCGUCACCCUUCAUUCAGGGGGCAUUGGACACUUGGUGAAUGGCGUCGGUCCCUGCAAAUUACGAACCAAGGUAUUGAAUGAAAUGAAAGGAUUGUUCACCUUUUUAUCAAUUGGUGGUUUUUUUCUUCCCUCCAUAAUCAUAAUGAUUAUGUACGUUCUCAUUUUUCUUGUUGCUCAUAAACGAAAGAAGAUGUUCCUAAAUGGGGAACUGGGUCAAAUAAACAAUCAGAACCAACGUGGCUCAUUUCGUCAAGAUCUAAAAGUGAUUAAAAUGUUAUUGGUUGUCGUUGGAGUUUUCAUAUGUUGCUGGGGUCCGUGGGCUAUUGUGAUGUUGGUGAUGUUUUAUUAUGGAAAUGUACUUGGUGUUGGCCACGGAUAUUAUAUAACAUUUUUUGUAAUAAGCAUACUUCCUUUACUUAACAGUAUGUGCAAUCCAAUUAUUUAUGCCUGUCUGGACAAAACAUACAGAGAAUCUUUCAAACGUCUUUUUCACCGAAUAGUGCGAUGA